AGAUGAGUGUUACAGUUGAGCAGGAAGCUUAUGAAAUGCCGGCUGACAAUAAAAAAGUCAUGCUGAAAAUAGAGGAAGUGCAUCUUCAUUCAUGUGGUGUCUUUAGUAACGUCUACAAAGGGAUCCUCCGUGAGCCACACGAGAAAAAUAUUGCCAUCAAGAAGAGCUGGCCGGAAAAGGGCGAACGCAAUUUCGAGUUCAUAUUCUUGACGGGCCGUGAACGAACAAAGCACAAAAAUGUGAUUCAUAUGAUCUUCGCGUUCAGCCACAGCUAUGGUACAAAGGUCUGCGAAUCCUAUGUCUUUGACUACAUGCCGAACACUUUGGCCGAGGUGAUUCGUCAGAAGCUCACCGACCUCGACAUUCGCCUCUACACAUGGCAAAUUUUUUCUGGUCUAAAAUACCUGGAGGAACACAGAGUUGUGCAUCGAGACUUGAAGCCGGUGAACAUUUUGGUGGAUCAUGACACCGGAUUCUUGAAGAUCAGUGACUUCGGGUCUGUCAAGAUCAUCGUGAAGGGGAAGGCGAACAACCACUAUCAGGUCACCCGAUUUUACAGACCGCCCGAGUUGCUACAGAAGGCCAUGGAAUACAAUUGCACAGUUGAUGUUUGGUCCGCUGGAUGCAUCAUGGCGGAAAUGGUGAAGCGCCGCGUGGUUUUUCCGGGUAGAGACAGUGCUCAACAGAUGAAGCUCUACUGCCGCUGCUUUGGAGUCCCCACUGAGCAAGAUAUUCUUGCGAUGAAAGGAGAAAGAUUGGAGAACGAGUUGUGGAAAUUUACUAAAGGAUUUGGACUUCAAAGACUUGUGACCGAAAUUACUCCGGAUCAGCUUCAGUUCAUCAAGCGAAUCCUUGUCUAUACUCCCGAGAAGCGUCUUCAUGGCAAGCAGCUACUUCAGGACGACUUCUUCCGUCCGCUGUUUUGAAAUGGAGCAGUUCGUCACAACGGACAGAAGAUUUCUGACGUUAUAACUGCAGCUGAUUACAAGAGAGCUGCUGAAAACGAAGACUCCUCGGCAGUCCGUCUUGCUCUAUUGGUCAAGGCUGACAACAGGGAUCAGGGGAUUCCAAACUGUGAGAAGAGCAACUCUUAUGAGAAUGUUUUUCCGAGAAGAUCAACACUUAUCCCGAAGGAACAGAAGAUGGCUCGUGAUGUCAAAUCGAAUGAGGACAACUCUGACGAUCGACGUGGUGGGGCAUCAAGUGAAGAUCGUAGAUCAUCGGAGGCUGCGUCGGCUGCUGCUAAGCGUUCCGAAUCGAACAGAAACGCGGCAAAGAAAUCGACAAUGAAGUCAUUGAUGAACACACCAUCUCGUUAG